GUAACAUUCAAUAUCUAACAUCCAUCUGCUGCCUCGAAACAUUCCCAAACCUUGCCUUUGAUACCUAGAUGGAGAGAUAUUUCCAAUAGUUGUUUCCGAAUACAGACAGCUCAGGAUGUCUCACAGCAAGCGGAACACGUCCCGCGCCGUCUUCACUUCCCACGAGCGAGACGUCGCUAGGCAAGCAUGGAGCUCGACAUCGGCGCGUCUCUCGCGCGAGAGUUUCCUCCCCUUCUCCUCCUGCGGCCUGUGCCUCGAGAUCGCCCGGGACCCCGUCUCCUGCACGCACGGCGACCUCUUCUGCCGCGAGUGCGCCCUCAGCAACAUCUUGGCCCAGAGAAAGGAAAUAAAGCGUCUCGAGAAGCUGCGCGAGCAGGAAGAGCGCGACGCCGAGGAAGAACGCAUACGCCAGGAAGAAGAGGCUCGCGAGCGUGCGGUCCGCGAGUUCGAGAUGACGCAGAUUGGAUUGGAUGUGAAGGCGAAGAGUGGUACCAACAAUAAGGAUGCAUCCGGGGCAACAGGUGAACAUAGUACACCGCCGGCAGCAGAAUCGUCGAAUGGCGGGAAGAAGCGCAAGUUCGAGAUGGAUGAGGAAGAGCUGGCACGAAUAGCCAAGGAAGACAGGGCGAAAGCACGCAAGGCAAUUGAGGAUGAGAAGGCCGCAAAGCCUGUAUUACCGUCAUUUUGGACGCCGUCAGUAGCGACAGCAGCCAAGACGAAUGAAUCGCUACACGAAAUCGCCAAGAAGCAGAAGAGCACACCUAUGUGCCCUGCGGCAAGAGAAAAUAGUCCUCAUACUUACUCACUACAUACGCUUGUGACGGUGAACUUUACGGAGGAGGACGAGGGCGAUGAGAGCAGGGGUAACGGCACCUCGAGCAAUAAGAAAAAGCGCAUACGUGUAUGUCCAUCAUGCAAAAAGGGACUAAGCAACUCCUCGAAAGCGAUGCUUGCAAAGCCCUGCGGCCACGUUCUAUGCAGGAAUUGCGUUGAUAAGUUUAUGCGGCCCUCACGGCACCACGAUCCUCACGCGGUAGCGAGUGAGGCAGAGAAGGUGAGGUGUUACGUCUGCGAGGCGGACCUUACCGAGAAGAGCGUCAAUGGCAACGAUACGAUCGAAAAGGGCAAGAAGAAGGACAAGGAGAAAAUACGGCCGGGACUCGUGGAGUUGAGGAGCGAAGGUACGGGUUUCUCAGCUGGGGGAGCAAAUCAAGUACGAAAGUCUGGCGUGUCAUUUCAGUGCUAGCUGUGCAAGCCUACCGGCUUAAUCAGCCAUGUUACGAUUCUACUCUACGGCCAUAGGAGACCAUGGCAGUACGGUCAAUAAGCUACCU